AUGUGUCUGAUUGCCGACUCGGAAACCGCAUCGUUGGCUCCAUCCAACCCAUCCAUUACUGCUUCCAGGUCAUAUUCAUCUAUGCGAACCCCCGGAUAUAUCGAUCUUCUCGACGCACAAGGUGGACUUAGGCCGUACGACUUCCGCGCUCGCGUCCAAGCAGCUGGAGUAAGAGAUUACGGCGAAGAUGUUGCGGAACGCAACAUGGGCGAGAAUGGUGUUGAUGUCCGAAGCGCUGCUGCGAAACGCUUCUAUGAGCAAAAGAAGCGAACGUCUGUAACGACAUUGUCCAAUCUCAGCCACGUUUUGGAUGCGGAUGCUUCGACAUGCGCUGGUAGUGAAGCGGGUGAUAUGAGCCACAUUGACGGUUCAGUAUAUUCGUCAACCAGGUCAUUGUCCAGACUUUCGAUGGAGCCAAGGCAAGAAGUCAGCGGAGUUGUCGCUGGCCUAUCUACAGCGCGUGAAAAUUAUAAGAGAGCAGCCAAAUGCAGCAAGCUUGCACCCAAAGAGACACCGGAGCCCCGUAGUUCUCACAGAGAUCAACCUCUUGCAUCCGAAGCUAGCCACAUGCAACGUUACAACAACCGAAGCAGCUCCCGUGGACGAUCACUGUCGGCCAGACAUUGGAUCUCGACCGAACAACCGAUCGCUGGUAAGACGCGAAACGACCGCUGGGAGUCCCGGCAUCUCAGUCCCGAAUCACGGACCAGGUCUAUAUCACCUCCUUCUGUUCCUCGAUAUCGACCAGGCAGUAGCAUGACUACCAUGCGCGAAGAGGACAACCGCCCUUACUCCAAUUCGCAAUCUAUCCUACGGAGAGAUGGCUUCCAAAAUGACAAUAAUGAGGGCAGACAGAAAUCGGAUGACGAACAGUCAGAGUACGACAUUCCAUCAUCGAACCGUAUUCAUUUGCCGUAUAACUUGGAUGUUGGUCAAGCUGCUCCGCUGCAAUACCAUCCAGACUGGCAAGUUGCAAUCCAGCGUGCAGUUGAAGAAUCUCUAGCCAAGCUGCCGCUGUCAGCAGAUCUCAAGGCACUCCUUGAAUUGUCACACAGCGAGAUUCCACUCGAUGAUAUUCUCCAAAGAGUUCCCUUACGCCAUUCCUCAUUACACCAAGGCUCCAUUAUUAGUACGACACCAACAACGGAUUUCUCUGACUACGCAAGCAGCCAUACUGGCCGCCCUCACAGCCGCCACACCGCAACUACCUCUAUUGAUUCUUCUGCUAGAAUUGAUGUGCAUCACAAGAAAGCAUUGAACACUCAAGAAGACAAGAGCCUCGCAGGGGAUCAGUGUCAAAGUUCUCCAUAUCUCACACCAGUAGAGGAUGAAGAACUCUUGAUUACAGCGACGUCAACUGCCCCGACUUCUCAAUCUCAAAUGACACGGGAUGUUAAGAAAGGCACUGGGGACAAUGGUAUCUCGGAAGUCGAGGAGUAUGAAUGCUUAACAUCGGAUUAUUCUGAUGUUGAUUCCUUUACCGAGAAACGCAGACAAGUGCUGGACGAUGACGAGACCAAACUAUUCAACGAUGGGGGUUUUGGGGAUAUCAGCAACAAUCUACCCGGUAUUGCGAGCCCAAGGGAACGCAAGAAUUGCACGGUGUGUAUUAUCCUGGCCAACCUGCAGGGGCUUCCUGUGCAAACAGAGCUAUGCACGCAUGAUGGAUCAAUGACACGGAAGCAACGUCUUCGAGCGUUGGGGUAUGAUUACGACUCGGAGGAGAGUGAUACAGAACGAGACCUGGGACCGGUUAAAGGCCGCAGCAGGACUAAGAAGCUUACGGUUGGGACGAACGGCGGUCUGCGUCGUUUAAAACUUGUGGAUGACCGCAUCGAUGAAGAUAGCGAGGAAGAGCGAGGCGAAGCCACGUCGGCCAAAAACCGCCCAGAGCUCAGGAGGAAACCAAAGUUUCCAAACGGAAGACCAGGUCCUGUCUUACGACAAGAACGCGAAGCAGGAAAUAUUACCGACACGGACUAA